UUUUUUCUUCUUCUUUUCUUUCUUUUCUCUUUUCUCUUUUAUUUCGGACAAAUGGAAGAAGAAAACCAAGAACAAAGAAUUGAACAAAAAUGGGUUCCACUUGAAGCUAAUCCUGAAAUAUGGAAUAAGAUCAUUCAUAAGAAUGGAGUCGACCCAAGAUGGAACUAUGUAGAUGUUUAUGGAUUCGAUCCUGAACUAUUAGCGAUGAUACCACGACCUGUUGAAGCAAUGAUCUUCCUAUUCCCUAUAACCGAAGCUUAUGAAAAGUUCAAGGAAGAAGAAGAGGCUCAUUUGAUAAAAUGUGAACAAGCGAUUAGUCCCGAUGUUGUCUUUUUUAAACAAACUAUUCAAAAUGCAUGCGGUAUGAUUGCUAUCUUGCAUUCAAUUGCCAGUAAUGAUGAUGAACUUGUUGGACCUGGUUUAUUCCAUGAUAUCAUCCAAGAAGCAAAGAAUAUGUCUAUUGAGGAGCGUGCUGAGCUACUGGAGAAUUCCAAGGCAUUAGCUCAAGUCCACAGUGAUGCUGCUGCUGUAGGACAGACCGAGGCACCUGAUAGAGAAACAGAUGUAGAUUUACACUUCAUCUGCUUUAUUGAAGUAGAUAAUCACUUGUAUGAGUUAGAUGGUAGAAAACUGUUUCCUAUCAAUCAUGGUAAAUCAAAUGACUUGGUUGAGAGCUCGGUCAAGAUCAUGAAACAAUAUAUUGCAAGAGACCCAACUCAGCAAAACUAUAGUGCCAUUGCACUCUGUAAAACGGACGAUUCCUCUUGAAAAGAGCCGAUUAGCCUCGACUUUGUCCAUCCUCACUUUAUCUUGUAAUAAAAAGCUGUCUUUUUUAUUUUUAAUUCUACAUUCUACUUUCAAAAUCAUUUUGCAAGCUACAAGAGUAAGCUAAUGGUCUUGAUAUUUAAUAAUAAUGGUAGCUCAUUGACUAACCUAGGGAAUAUCAUUCUACACAUUAUAAAUGAUUGUCAUUGAAAGCUUUUAAUAAAGUCAGUAUAUUGCCCUAAUAGCACUUUUUUUACUUGUUAUCUUCUUUGAGAUCCAAUUUUAAACUAUAAUGACAGGUUUAUGACCUGUACAACAACCAAAUUAUAUUCAAUAAUGUCACCCCUCAAGGAAUCAAU